CGUACUUUAUUUAGCUUGCACAUAGUGCGAUGUUGCGGCAAUGUUUAGAGCCCUUUGUCUUUCAGUAUAAUGUAAUGUAAAGUGAAUGUGGAGCAAAUUAUUGCCACACAGGUGUACUGUAAACAAGCACGUAUAUAUUGCAAACAAAAUCAAUGUAUUGAAAGGUUUUUUUUCUGAAUAUAUAGUGAUACUUUAUUUCUUUACGUUUCGCAUUUUUCAGCACCCAUUUUUCCUAUGUAUGCUGCACUUUGUAACGCUGCAUUUUUCUUUGCGUCUCACUGUCUGGCCUCAUUUUGACACGGUUUGGGCGGUGGGCGUGGCGAGUCUUACCCAAUCUACCUGCCUAAUUUGUAUAUUGCACGUCUGUGCAUGCGCAGAAUUGCCACUUUACAUGUUUUACGACUGUGCACGAUUUGUGCCUCUCUUUCACGACAUUUUCACAACCCAACCUGAUGUUACAAACAUAGUUAAUUGAAUGGUUUGAACUACCGUUUUGGGAGACAAUUGGAUGGUUCCAACAAUGUAAGUUGCUAAUGUGCUUAGCAACUGCAUUUUUGGGAAACGUACCUAUGGUGCCUAAAUCUUUUCAUGCCAUCAGGUUCGUUAUACGGACUGCCUGUGAGCUUGCAAUCUCCACCAGCCCAGACUGGGAUAUUCAGCCAGAUAUUCCGAUUUUGGAUUCUGUAUUUUCUGUCUGUUCAAUAAAAGUUAUGCAUAGCAACUGCCCUUGUGUCAUAGUGCAUGUUUAUGGGUUUCUUCAGGUACCCCAGUCACGGCGGGGUGACCGUAAAUGUCCCUGACGGUUGCCGGUGUUCUGUCGAAAAAUACUACCUAUCGAGACGUGCUAUCGAGCCUUUCUGCGCAUGUGCAGUUCCACCGUUUUGGGAUUAGGGUUAGGUUUUAGGGAUUAGGGUUAAGGUAAGGGUUUUGGGGGGGUUAGGGUAAGAGUUAGGGUUAUCGAUUACCACUAUGGUAGCAUAACUCGACAAAGUAGCUCAUCUCGACAGAACACCGGGUUGCCAACUUUGGUCAGCUGGCUGGCGUGAGAUUUUCAGUUCAAGUAUGCACUCGCAUUAACAUGUUUGUAAUAAUUGCCCCAACGCUUUGGAUGUAGCUAAUUUAGGUUUACAAUGGAAUAAUACAUAUUUGCAGCAAGAUUUCUUGAUAGUCUGAAAGCGUGAAUGUCACACCAGAUGCGUGAGAGUUGGCAACCCUGUAAUGGAAAUAUAUUUCAGAUAAGCACAUAAAAGGACAAACAAAACGCAUUUCCCUGUUUUUUUAAGUGGAGUUAUUAAAGGCAGUUUUCGCUCAUGUUGUGGAAGAAAAUAUGUACGCACGAGAGCUUGUGAUGUUUCUAAGAACUUGAGUGCCGAGUGCAAUCUGAAUGCAGAAGGAACCCCCCCACUGCCAGCCGGGUGAGUGAGAAAGAGAAAAAGAGAGGGAGCGGGGCAGGAAGUGAGGUCAUCGCGUGCCAAUGCAGCAGCAGAGCCGACUGGCUGAUUCAGCAGAGGGCAGCCUUCCUGUGUUCGUCUUCCCCACGGAGCUGGUCUUCUAUGCCGAUGAGCAGGCCUCGCACAAGCAGGUGCUCACGCUGUACAACCCCUAUGAGUUCGCCCUCAAGUUCAAAGUGCUGUGCACGGCACCCAGCAAAUAUGCCGUGGUGGAUGCCACGGGAGCCGUGAAGCCCCAGUGCUGCGUGGACAUAGUGAUCCGGCACAGGGACGUGCGGCCGUGCCACUAUGGCGUGAUGGAUAAGUUCCGCCUCCAGGUGUCAGAGCAGAGCCAACGCAAGGCCCUGGGCCGCAAGGAGGUGAUGGCCACCCUGCUGCCCUCGGCCUCCCAGGAAGCCACGCAGCCCCGUUCUCAGGAAGAGGAGCACCGCAUGAAGGAGCAGUUCGCCGACAGCGUCUUCUUUGAGCAGGCAGCCUAUCAGACAGAGAGCCGCGUGGCGUCCGGGGGCCCCAGUCUGCUCGCCAUCCUGCUGGGGCUGGGCUGCGUGGCGGCCCUCCUCCUGCCCACGCUUGGGGAGCUGGACUCCAUUGUGCCUGUCUACCUCCACUUGAGUGUCAACAAGAAACUUGUUGCUGCCUACGUUCUGGGUCUCCUCACGAUGGUGAUUCUGCGGCCAUGAACCGGUGCCCUACAGAGAAACAAAGACACGGAGGGGACGACUGGGGAAGAGCAGACACACACACGUACACGCGGCCCUCGUGUGUCAAUGAAGGAGAGGCUGUGCAGGAAUCCCUGCCCCCAGCCAACAGGACAAUGUCUCAGUAUAAACACUACACCCAGAGACACAUUGAGGACGAGAAUCCCAUCAUGCACUGGGCUUUAUUUAUUGGGCCUAUAAUGGACAGAGAGCACAAGUGACAGAACUGGGGGGAGCAGGUGUGUAGGUUGACUAAAGGCACAGGGAGACCUUUAUUAAAAGCUCUGUUUGACCUAA